AUGAGAGUGGUGAGAUACCUCAAGGGCUGUCCAGGACUUGGGAUCAAGAUUGUAGCAAAUAAGGAUGCUCAACUGGAAUGCUAUGUAGAUGCAGAUUGGGGAACAUGUCCAGAUACUAGGAGGUCUGUAACAGGAUAUGUAGUGAAAUUUGGAGGAUCACCAAUAUCCUGGAAGUCAAAGAAACAGAACACGAUCUCCAAAUCAUCUACAGAGGCAGAGUACAGAGCACUAAGCAGUGUUGUUUUAGAGAUCGUGUGGGUCAAAAGGCUACUGGAAGAUCUUGGAUUUACUAAUUUAAAGCUGGUACAAUUGUUUUGUGACAUUCCUUUCAUUAUUUGCACUCCUCUGAGACGGAGGAACAAAGACAAGUGGGUUUGCGAGGUUCGUGUGCCGAACGGUAACACCAGGAUUUGGCUCGGAACAUAUUCCACGGUGGAGAUGGCCGCUCGUGCUCAUGACGUGGCGGCUCUGGCUCUUCGUGGUAAAUCGGCUUGCCUGAAUUUCGCUGACUCAGCUUGGCGGUUGCCUCUACCGGAAUCAACCAAUGCGGCGGAGAUCAGACGGGUGGCGGCUCUGGCUGCUGAGGAAUUCGGCAGGAGUGGUGAUGAUUUUGAAGUUUGCAGUCUCAGUAGUACAACGGCCGACGAGGAAGUCAUCGGAGAUGCUCCGAAUGUACAGGAUUAUUGUGAAGAAGACGAAGCGACGUAUAUUUAUCAAAAUCCAGCUGUGUCAACGAGAUUGGACGAGCUCCGUCAUUUGAUAGUGAGUAUGGCGGAGGAGCCGCUCCGAUCGCCACCCCCUCUUAGGCCGUAUGGGUGGAGCUGGGAUGACGUGGAGGCAGAUACUGAGGUUUCACUGUGGCAAUAUUGA